AUGGCUCAGAAGCCGCUGCGCAUCUUGGCUUGUGGAGAUGUUGAAGGCAAGUUUGAUGUUUUAUUUAAUAGAGUGCGAGCAGUUCAGAAGAAAAGUGGAAACUUUGAUCUGCUGUUGUGUGUAGGAAAUUUCUUUGGGCCCACCCCAAGUGCUGAAUGGGAUGAAUACAAGACUGGCAUCAAGAAAGCUCCUAUUCAGACUUACGUAUUGGGUGCAAAUGACCAGGAAACAGCAAAAUAUUUCCAAGAGGCUGAUGGGUGUGAGUUAGCAGAAAACAUUACUUAUCUGGGUCGUAAAGGUGUCUUCACUGGAACAUCAGGGCUGCAGAUUGUGUAUCUCAGUGGAACAGAGUCCUUACAGGAGCCAGUCUCGUGCUACAGUUUUAGUCCCAAGGAUGUGUCUUCACUGCAAACAAUGCUGUGCUCAGCAUCCCAGUUUAAGGGCAUCGAUAUUUUGCUCACAUCCCCAUGGCCCAAGUAUGUGGGGAACUUUGGGAAUUCUUCUGGAGAAGUGGAUACCAAAAAAUGUGGCUCUGCUUUGAUUUCCAGUCUUGCCACAGGCUUGAAACCAAGAUACCAUUUUGCUGCUUUAGAAAAAACCUAUUACGAGAGACUUCCAUAUCGAAACCACAUCGUUCUACAGGAAAGCGCCCAGCAUGCCACCAGGUUCAUAGCACUGGCAAAUGUUGGAAACCCAGACAAGAAAAAGUAUCUUUAUGCAUUCAGCAUUACUCCCAUGAAACUGAUGGAUCCAGCAGAAUUGGUAAAGCAGCCUCCAGAUGUCACUGAAAACCCUUACAGAAAAUCUGGGAAGGACACAGCCAUAGGAAAGCAGAUUCCUGCCCCUGAGGAAGAACCAGCCUGUCAGUUCUUCUUUGACUUGAAUGAGAAGAGAGGAAGGAAGCGUUCAUCCACAGGCAAAGAUGGCAAAUUCUCUCCUUCCUCAAAGAAGCCUCACCAACCCCCUCAGCCUCCAGGUCCCUGCUGGUUUUGCCUCGCCAGCCCUGAAGUAGAAAAGCAUUUGGUGGUCAAUGUUGGUACACAUUGCUACCUUGCCCUGGCCAAAGGAGGUUUGUCAGAUGACCAUGUCCUCAUCCUGCCCAUUGGACACUACCAGUCAGUGGUGGACCUUUCAGCAGAGGUAGUAGACGAAGUGGAGAAGUAUAAGACAACACUCAGGCGGUUUUUUAAGAGUCGAGGGAAACGGUGUGUUUUAUUUGAGAGAAAUUUUAAGAGCCAUCACCUCCAGCUACAGGUCAUUCCUGUGCCACUGAGCUGCUGUGCUACUGAUGACAUUAAAGAUGCCUUCAUUUCCCAGGCUCAAGAGCAACAGAUAGAACUGUUAGAAAUUCCGGAACACUCUGAUAUCAAACAGAUUGCACAACCAGGAACAGCAUAUUUUUAUGUUGAACUUGACACAGGAGAGAAGCUUUUCCACAGAAUUAAAAAGAAUUUUCCCUUGCAAUUUGGAAGGGAGGUCCUGGCCAGUGAAGCCAUUCUUAAUAUUCCUGACAAAUCUAACUGGAGGCAGUGUCAGAUCAGCAGAGAAGAGGAAGAGACUCUAGCUCGUCGCUUCCGGAAAGACUUCGAACCCUUUGACUUUACUCUGGAUGACUAA